CAGGAGCCUGCCCCCAGCCCCAAACUUGGCCCAGCAGCAGGAACUCUGCUCAGAGAGGCUGAGUCUGCGAUCUUGGCCCACCUGCCUGCCCUCCGGCCUCCUGCUCCACCUCCUGGGCCUCCCCCAGGCCAGCUGCCCCUCCGGGCCUGCACCUCAUGCUGGACCCACCUGCAGAGCCCAUUCGCUCCUGGCAGCCCCGGCUGCUGGGGCGGAUCCCGGUGCCCGCAGGGGCUGCAGGCGGGCCCCGGGGCCUGCACUGCUCCCUGGACGGCCUGCUCUUCCUGACAGCUGGGGCUGCGCCCUGCGUCCAUGUGCUGGACCUUGAGGGACGGUCCAUCUGCCACCUGCCCUGCCACGUGCCAGGGGCUGGGACCUUCGUGCCCGAGGACGUGGCUGUGACGGCUGCUGGGCUCGUAGCAGUCAGCGACCUCGUCCACGGAGCUGUCCACGUGCUCCAGCACACUGCUCGAGCCCCACAAGGCCGCUGGGUGACAGUGGGCACCUUCCUGGCCCCCCGGGGGCUGGCCGUGGACGCCCUUGGCCGCCUCCUGGUGACGGACUACGUGCCUGGGGCCGUGCACAGCUUCACGUUGGGCCCUGCUUUGCAGCCGCUGGCCCCAGCCUCCGUGCUGGGUCUGCAGGGCCCCUGCUGGGUGGGCCCGGGGCCUGACGGGGGCCUCGCCGUGAGCGAGGAGUUUGGGGACGUGCGGCUGUUUGGCAGUGCCCACCAGCCCCUGGGUACCCUGGGGGGUCUGACGGGGCACACCUUUGGCAGCCCAGCGGGCCUGUGCACCGACGCUGAGGGCCGCGUCAUUGUGGUGGAUGAGCAGCGGCGCCAGGUGACCCUGUUCCCCCGAGCCGGGGCGCCCAUCUGCCUGGUGUCCGAGGGGCUGAGGAGGCCCCUUGGUGUGGCCUGUGCACCCCAGGGCCAGCUCGUAGUGGCAGACGCAGGGGACGGCUACGUCAAGGUGUACCAGUACCACUUGGAGCCAGCCUGACCCGGUGGGUCCUGGGCCACCAUGGAGGAACAGUCAGGGCUGGUGGGGUCUGGCAGGGCUGCUGGCCGUGCCUUCCUGACCCUGCUCAUUUGUGACACCUGCUGGGUCCGGCCAGGCUGGCCUCUUGUCUCCUGCGUGCAGCGUUCCUGACGUCAUCAGCAGCCACGAACCCACUGCCCCCGACUCCCCUGUGACCAGUUCAGUGGUCCGUUGCUCACUACCCCGUGUCCACUCAGGCCCGGCCCUGCUGGCUCCGGGCCCAGGAGGCCCAGGGUCUGGCCAGCUGGAGCCCGGGGGUCUUGGGCGUGGUGGGCUGGCCGCCAGCACUUGCCCAGGAGCAUCUCCCGCCCAGCGAGGCCCCUAAUCAGACAGACGCAGGCGGAGGGCGCGGCGGGGCGUGGCCCUCACUGUCCUCAUUCACGCAGGCACCCCCAGUGCCCGGCCUCCUGCAGCGUCCCUGGGCCCAGCGAGGUAAGGGGAGGCAGAGAAGGGCGCUGGGGGCUCGUGGCCAAAUUGGGGCCUCCGUGUCCGCCCCUCCUGAGUGGGUAUCUCGCGGCUGGGCCUUCGUUUCCUCCUCUGCCACCCAGGAUGCAGCGGCUUGGUGCUCCCGGGGGGCCGAGGGCUCCGGUGGGUCCAGGAGAGGCUCCUACGAGGAUGGAGCCCCUGCUGGAGGAGCGGGACAGGUGGGGAGCGCGGCCACGCUGAGUCCCAGGAGAGGUCCUGGGGGAGGGGAUGCUCUGACCAUCAGCAGGACAUGGGGGCCUGUGUCCAGGCCACCGCCUCUCACACAUCCCUGCCAUGUGUCCUGGCCCUGCGGGUGGUGUGAAAUGGGUCGGUGUAAGGAAGUGUGUGCAGUAGGCACUCAAUAAAGGCUAGCCGUUA